AUGGCACGGGAGGAGAGGAAGCAGCAGCAGCAAACAUCAGGGAGGAGCUGCCAGGGGGCCCCGACAGGGGGCCCCUCUGUGCUGAGCAGCAGAAGCGGGAUUAGUAGCAGCAGCGGGAUUAAUAGCAGCAGAAGCAGCAGCAGGAGCAGCAGCAGACGGGGGGAUGAGCCGCAUGCAGCAGUCAACCAUAGCGCCGUUAGGGGCCCCACUCCUGCCUUGGGGGCCCCUGAUGCAGCAAUUAGACCCUAUAAAAGAAGAUGCAGGGAAGAAGAAAUCGUUGCAUCUAACGACCUACUGGGUGCUGGGUUAGCCCCUCGUGCCUGCUACAGCAGCAACUGCAGCAGCAGCAGCUGCAGCCCCUCGACUGCACCUGCAGCAGAGUCUAAAGCAGCAGCAGCAACAUCUGCAACAGCAGCAGCAACAGCAGCAACAGCAGCACUUCUCCCCCCUUGUUGUGUCUCCAUUGGGGGCCCCUAUAUCUCCCCCUUCUCUAAGGCCAAAGAUGUCUUGGGGUUUGGGGUGUACGUACAGCAGGUGCUGCAUGCUGCUGCUGCUGCAGCGCAGCAGUAUCUUGACCUAAAGGAAGAUAUUAUAUGUGGGGGCUCCCUCCUUCUCUCCAGCAGGAGGCAGCAGGGGACUGCUGCUGCUGCUGCUGUUGCUGCAGCAGCAAAACUAUUGAGAGAUGCAGGUGCUGCGGUGUCUGCACACUUGUCUACCGUUGCUGCUGCUGAUGAGGAAGAUUUACGCAGGCAUAUGUGCUCUGCUGCUGCUGCUAUUGACAAUGUUGUUGUUGUUGCUGCUGCUGCUGCUGCUGGUUCUCCUGGUGAAGGGAGACAGUGGGACAGAUGCGUGCUGCUGCAGCAAAUAUGUGGGGGGCUGCUGCUGCUGGGGAUCGAACGGCUUUCGCAGCCGCAGCUGCAGCAGCAACCUAGCCCGGUUGCCGCUGCUGCUGCUGCUGCUGCUGCAUUCAUAGGAGUGAAGAAGCUGCUGCUGCAGGAGAGGUGGGAGAUGCCACUGUGGCUACACAGCAGCCGCAGCGGCAGCAGCAGCAGCAGCAGCAGCAGCGGGCCCGUGCUCCUGGGGUGUCUGCUGCGUGUUCCCGAUGAGGGCGGCGGUUCGCUGCUCUUUGCUGAUGCAGCGAUCAUCACGGGCGGUUUAACAGCAGCACAGCCGCAGCAGCAGCAGCAGCAACAGCAGCAGCAACAGCAGCAACGGGGAGAGCCUUGCCCUAUAUACGCAAUUGCAUGCACAAUAUGGGGCUCCUUUAGCAGCAGUGCCUUUGUGUCUCUUGAACUCAUUAGAGACAGGGGCCCCCAAAUCUCUUGGGGGCCCAUUGGGGGUAGCAACAGCAGCAGGGAUACGGGGCACCAUCGGUCCAGUACCCUUUGUGGUCGCUUGGUGUCGGAGGGGGCCCCUGGGGGCCCCUGUCUCCUCGCCGUUAGACAGUGGCGGUACAUCCCCACAGCAGGCAUCAACAGGGUCUCGGGGCCCCCCCCCAAAGCAGGUGAGGAGAGUGGGGAGCCGCCCAACCUGCUGCUGCUGCAGCAGGGGGGCCCUGCAGCAAACCAUAGGUCUAGUACAAAGUCCCCAUGUGGUAGCCGGGUCAGCAGGGGGGCCCUACAGUCUCAGGGGUGUAGGGGCCCCCCAAAUUGGGACAGAAGGAGAGAAAAGGGAGACAGAGACAGUAAGGAGACAGUGCUGCUGCAUAUCUUGCCAGGAUGUGUGGGGUUAACUGCUGCCUCUGCUGUGCUGCUGCCGCUGCAGCAGCAGCAACAAGUUGCAGCUCCGCUGUUGCAGCAGACAACUGCACCGGAGGCUACAGCCACACCGCCACUGACGAUAGCCGAGCCUUUAGCAUCUGCUGCUGCAGCAGCUGCUGCUGCUGGCCGCGAGAGCCGGUCAGCACCAACAACAGCACCUGCAGCACAACCAGCAGCAACCGCAGCGUUCGCAUACAAGUGGGCUGUAAGGGGGCCCUCGGGGGGGCCCCCAAACAGCAACAGUACAGCGCGGGGCCCCGAAGGGACACCGCAUCUGGGGAGACCGCAUUGGGUGUCUGUACAGCCCAAUCUCUGCUCUACGAGUUCGUCUGAGGAAGAGCAAGCAGCAACACAGGCAGCAGCAGCAGCAGCCUCUGCAGCAGCAGAUGCUGCAGCAGCAGCAGAGGCAGCAUCAAUAGCAGCAGCAGCAGAGACACUGGAAACACAAACAGCUGUUAGAACGCAAAUCAACAGCUCUGCUGCUGCGGAGGAGAGCAGUAGCCCGCAGCAGCAUCGGAACGACAGUUGCCCUGCUGAAGCAGCAUGUGGAGGCCCCUAUGGGGGCCUCCACGUGGAGCAGCAGCAGCAGCAGCAGGGCACGCUGCCGCUGCUGCCUGCAGAGGUUGCGCGGGGCUCUUCAAGGAAGUGUUUUGUGGUGUAUGGGCGUGUGGUGUCUGUCUCCCCCAUAUUAAGUUCGAGGGAGACAGGUCCUGCUGCUGCUGCUGCUUCUGCUGCUGCUGCUGCUGCUCCUUGCUGCGUGGCUCGCUUGGCUUGCCCCCUCAUUGGGGGGCCCCUGCAGCCACAGGACGUUAACUCUGCGGCGCCCCCCUAUAUACCGACCCUCCGCCGCCUGUGCAACAGCACCGUAGACCGUCACACACAUGCGCGGCACUGCAGCAGCUGCAGCACCGGCAACAGCAGCACCAACAGCAGUAGCAGCCACUGCUUUACCAGUGCCGCUACCGGCAGCGCAUGUAGUACCAGCAGUCGAUGCAGCAGCAGUCGUUGCAGCAGCAGCACCACCACCACCACGAGCAGCAAUAUCUGCUGCUGUUGCUGCUGCCCUACAGGCGGCCUCAUCUUUUUCGUUGGAUCUGCUGCAGCAGUUGGACGUCUAUGCUUGAUGCCCGGUAGAGUCGCAUGCAUAGCGGGUCUGCGGCUACAGCGCAUGCGCAGCAAAAAGCAGCUGCAGCAGCACGAGGAACAGCAACCCGAGCAACAGCAGCAGGAGGGGGAGCAACAGUGGCGUCUAGUUGCCGGGCCAGCAGUUUCUAUUGCACAAUGGCAAAUGUCAGAGCUCGAUGCAGCCUUGAAAGUAGCGCAGCAGCAGCAGCAGCAGCAAGUAGACACGUUGCAGCAAAGUACUGAGGAGACAUCUGGUAAGAAUGGAUGGCAGCAGCAGAGUCCCCUGCUGCCACUGCUGCAGCAGCUGCUAGGGGGGGUCGGGCCUUCAUUGAUGUGCGACGGUCGCUUGCCGUGGCUGCUCCCGCUGCUGUCUAGGCACGGUGAGGAGGGUCCGUAUGCUGCUGCUGUCCUACUUGCUGCCCACAGCACCAGCAGCAGCAGCAGCAGCAGUUGUAUAGGGGGUACGGACUUGUGGGGUGCUUCGCUGCUGCACUAUCUGGGGCAGCAGUGCAGCAGAGGAGGCCUUCGGAGAGAGAAUAUGGGGUCUCCUGUCUCUUUUGAAGGCCGGAUGACGAGCAGCAGCAGCAGCACCAGCAGGUUUGGUCUGUUAGAAGGUUUGCUGCAGUGGCAGCCUUUUCCCUGGUGUCUCUGCAGCAGCACAGAGAGCAGGGGGUUCACGGGUGGUGUUGGGGCAUCCGUGCUGCUGCUGCAGCAGCACGUCGCAUGGAGACGUGUUGGCUGCAGCGGCAAGGAUAUCCUGCAGCGAGCAGCAAGAUGCGCUGGAGCAACUUCAGCGGCAGCAGCAGCAAAAGCAGCAGCAACAGCAGCAAAGGAUACAGAGGAACAGAAGGUGGGGUACUCCCCGUGGGCCCCCGCUGAAGUUAAAGAUCGGCAAUUCCCCCAAAGAGACACCGCACCGUCUGCUGCUGCUGCUGCUGCUGCUGCCGAAGGGCCUUUGCCUGUAGCGCUCAUCUCCAGCAGCAGUAGCAGCGUGGUGGUGUUGGGGCCCCCUGCGGCGUCAGUACGGGGGGGCCCCCAGCACCUCUGCAUAGACGACAGCAGCUUCCUCUCGCGGCUGCUCAUGGCUGCUGCAAGUGGAGAGACAGCUGCAGCAGAGGGGGCAAGCAGCAGCAACAACAGCAGAAGCAGGAUCAUGUGCUGCGCUUGCUGCUCCUGCAGUAGUUUACGGCAUCUAAACUGGCCGUUGUUGCUGCAAAACCAAGGUGCUGAAGGGGCAAAAGCAUCGUAUCCAGCAGCAGCAGCAGCAGCAUCAACAGCAGCAGCAGCAGCAACAGCAGUAGCAACAGCCGCAGCAAGAGCAACAGCAGGAGCAGCAGGCAUGGAAAGAGGAGAAAGUCUCCGCAGGAGUCCCCUGCUGCUAAGCUUCCUCUGUUGGCGGCAUGCAAAGACAGCAGAAGAAAUAAAUUUAAAAUUUAGUCCCUCCUGGAUUGCUGAAAAAUUCGGCUGUCUCCAUGGGGUCUAUGAAGGGCCUACGCAUGCAUCUGUUGCUGCUGCUGCUGCUGCUGCUGCUGCACUCCGUUGGUCAGCUUUAGUGGCACGUAGCAGCGCUGGUGCCGCCACAACAGCUGCAGCAAGCACCGCGGCAGACGCAGGAGAAGAAACAGCAGCAGCAGCAACAGCUGCAGCACCUGGAGCAGGUUCGUGGUGUGCUUCUCCUCUUACUCUCCUGCAGCCCUUCAUUGGUUGCUGCGCCCUAACAGGGCGUCGCCCCAAGGCGUCGGAGGUGUGGGGCCCUUGGAGGCCGCUGACACCUGAAGAGGAGGAUUGUCUCUGCCACCUCCGCAGCAGCAGCAGCAACGGCAGCAGCAGGAGCAACGGCAGCAGCAGCAACAGCAGCAAUGAUAGCGUGGUAAGGGUGCACAAGACUAUAGGCAUAGCAGCAGCAGUAAAGGAAGCUCAGACCUCUGUCUCCUACUGGCUGCUAAUAGACGCUCAACAUCUUGUGCUGCAGCUGCUGCAGCAAACUGCUGCUAUUGCUGCAGCAAAAGCCUUCCGAUAUUUGGCAGCAGCAGCAGGCUGGCGUCUCUGUGCUGAUGUGCUGCGGUGGCUGCUGCUGCUACAGCGCCAGGAAGCUCGGGUGUCUCUGCAGGUGCCACAGGACUACAGCAGCAGUAUUGACCCCACACCGAGACCCCCGUUCUUUGGGGCUGCCACCACAACCACCUUUGCAUGCGCAGCAGCAGAUGAAGCAGCAGCAACAUCAGCAGCAGCAGCAAAUUUGAGCAAGACUUACUCCCUCAGUGUUCCUGCUUCGCCUGCAACUGCCGCUGCUGCAGAUGCUGCUGCUGCAGAUGCUGCUGCUGGUGGAGACGUCCCGCUGCAUCGUUUGAUCGAGUGGUCGUCCCUUUCAGAAGCCCAACCUCAAGACAGCAACGCUCGUUUCCUCCCCGUAGGAAAGCUCCAGAAGCAGCAGCAGCAGCCGGAGCAGCAGCAGCAGCAGCAGCAGAAACGGCUGCACCCACCCAGACUCACAGCUCCGAUAUCUUCAGCUGCUGUAGCCGCAACAACUCAGCAGUGUCCGCACCGCAGGCCACGCCACCACCAGAGGGAGCUGCAGCAGCAGGUGCAGCGUCAGCAGUUGCAGCAUCAGCAGGUGCAGCAGCAGCAGCAACGCAUGCACGCCUUGCCACCCAUUAGCUGUACUGCCCUCAAUGCAGUCGAUUGUGCUGCUCUACUGGCAGCAGAAGAUGUGUGUGGGGUUGUGGGGUUCCUCAACUACGGGAUCCCCCUGCCCCCUGCUGCUGCUGCAGCUGCUGGUGUUCGAAGCCGCAGCAGCAGCACCAGCAGCAACAGCAGCAGGUAUACUGUGGCCGAGUGUCUCUCCACCUCCUUAGCAGCAGCAGCAGCAAAGGUGCAGCAAAACAAGGGGAUUAAUGCGCCUGCUGCUGCGGCUGUGGAGACAGGAACACGAGACACCUCCACCAGCAGCAGCAGCAGCAGGACUAGCAAGAAGGCUGGAUCGGGACCUCUCCAGCGGCGUCAGCAUCACCAGCAGCAUCAGCAGCAGGAGCAGGAGCAGCAGCAGCAGUGUGGGGUGCUGCCUGCUGCAGCUGCUGCAGAUGCACUUGAAGCAACGUCGAGUGUAUCUGCAGCUGCUGCAGCAGAAGAAGAAUUGCAUUAUCCCUGGGAUCGUCAACUCCCGACCCCACACACAUUCACAGACGCCCUCGCAGAACCGAUCUUAGAGCGCAUGCAGCGACGCAGCUGGACCGCAUGCACCCCACGCAUGCAGGAGGAGGAGGAGGAGGAGGAGGAGGAGCAGCAGCAGCAGCAGCAGCAGCAGGCAAACAAGAAACGAAUGCGGGAGGAGACUGUCUCCUCAGAUUGGCUGCCACCUGUCUCCUCCUUUGUUUUCCAUCGUUGGCAUUCGCUCGAGGAAGCAACACAGUUCAUGGGGCCCCCUAACCGCAGCAGAGGCCCCUGUCUCUCUUUAAAUGGGGUCCCUCCUCUGGGGGCCCCUCUACCUCCAUCUACAGGAGACGACACCUCCACCAGCGGGAGGCCGCAUGAAGCAACAGCAGCAAGCCCAGCAGCAGCAGAAGCUCCUCUGGUGCUGGCACGUCGUCUCCGCACGCCUCUGUGCUUCUGCGAUCUCGCAACAUCUGCUGCAGGACACGCAGUACAAGCAGCAACUACAGCAGCAGUAGCAGCAGCAGGAGCUGCUGCUGCUGCAAAUGCUGGCGAAACGGGAGUUUGUCUCCCUACCUCACGGUGUCUGCGGUGUUUGUCUGUGUUGGGGUGUUGGGCUCUUGAGUGUCAUCGAUCUGCUGAGGAGGAGACACGGGGAUCGUUCGACUCCCUGCUGCAGCUGAUGGCAGCUGCAGCAACAUGGCUGUGGGGCCCCACUCCCCCAGGGAUCCGUUCCCCGUUGCAGUUAUCUCCACAAGGCUGUCUCCCUCUGUCGUCGUCGAGGAGACAGCGCGUAUUCCUCAAAGGCCUCACUGUCGUGGACCUGGUGAUGCUGCCAAUGCGAGCCGCUACAGGUGGUGCUACCGCUUCUGCUGCAGCAACAGCAGGCAGCAAGAGCAAACGUUCAUGGGAACUGUUAGGGGAUGAGGCCACCCGCCGCUGUACAUGGCUAGUUGUAAGGCUGGCUGGGUGCCCUUCGUUUGGCGUUGCAAGACGGGGGCCUCCUUCUGGAGCACAUGACCCCCUCUUAAGGAAGAGCGGCCCCACAAAAGCAGACGGCGGAUUCAUUGAUCUGUGGGUCCCCCCCGGUGUCUCCCCAGGGAGAUUUGAUGUGCUGCAGGUAGGCAUGCAAAUAGAUGUGGGGCCCUGUCUCCUUGUCCUUUCUACAGCUCCCCCGUGGCCUCCUCCCCCAAGACGCAUCCGCGGGAAGCCACGAGCAGCAGCAGCAGCAGCAACGGGAGCGGCAGCGGGGGAGGAGGAGAAACACUGUCUGGGGCCCUUGCCUGGGGAGGGACUCGGCAGUUGGGUGUCUCCAUUAUGCAGGAUGUGGGCAGCAGCAAUUGAGGAGACAGUGGGAGGGGGUCUACUUGGCAGAUCAAUUGCUGCUCAUUGCAUGCGCUGCACUGCUCCUAUACCCUCUACUGUCUCCUUGACUCGCCAGCAGCUGCUUCUGUCCAUAGCACUUGCAAAUGCUGUGUCUAUGGGCCCUUUGCCCUCUCUUAAGUGCUGUGGGGCCCCCCCUGGGCCCCCACAGCAGCACCCCACUGGCGCUCUGCAGCAGCAAGAGCAGCAGCAUGCAACGGCGGCCUUUGGGGAGUUGCUUUUGGAAGCGAUCCCAGCUACUGAAGUUAAAUGUGUGGGCUUCAGUUCUGCUGCCUUGGCGCUGCGGUGUCUACCCUCGCAACAGGAGCUGCAAGGAGCAGCAACUGUCUCUUCUGUUUCCUUAGGGGGAGGAGACACUUCUUCUGCAGCCACCUCCUACUCGCCUCGUGUGGAUGCUACUGCUGCUGCGUGUCCGCAUCCGGUGCUGCAGCAGCUGCGGCACCGCUAUGCAGCAGCCCCAGGAGGCCUUCCUCUAAGUUUAUGGGAGACAGCAGAGGCGCAUGCAGCGGCUGGUGCUGCAGCCAGCAGUAGAGACCCUCAAACUCCGUCCUAUGCGUUUGCAGCCACUCGUCAUCGCUGCAACAGUAGCAGUUGCUGCUGCUGCGCUGACGUGUCGCCCAGAAAAGGCACAAGAGCAGAUGGGGCUCAUUCGAAUUUGCCUCUGAGCCUGCAGCUGUCUCCUUUGUUUUCUAUUGGCAUGGAACCUCCCGUGUCUGCUUCUUCUCUUGGGGGUAGAAGUGUCCCCUUGUGCGAGGAGACAGUUCCUGCUUCGCGGCGCGCAUGCAGAGACACGCGACAUGCAGCAAGCGGAGGCGGCCGGGAGAGCUGUCUCCAAAGGGACAAGAGAGACAGGAAAGGGGAGACAAAGGGGCACAAUGCCCCUUCUGUCUCUUCUUUUCCUUACUAUAAAAAACAACCCCACCUUAUUAACACCUCUGCAUGCAGUUGGGUGUCGGGGUCAAUAGAAGAGCUGAUGGCGGUGCACCUGUCUUGGGUGUGUCGCCGCUGCCUAACCGCCCCCAGCACCAGCAACACCAGCAGCACCAGCAGCAGUAAUACCAGUACCGGCGGCGGCAGCAGCAGGAGCACCGGCAGGAGCAUCUGCGGCGGCAGCUGUAGCUGUGGGGCUGUCCAACAGCAAGACACCGAGGGGAACCACAAAUUGUUGGGCCUGCAGCUAGGCAUAUUAGUGGCCCUUGAGGAGAGCAGCACGGGGCGGCUGCUGCUGCUGCUGCUGCAGAACGCAGCAGCGCUUAGCUUGCUUCGGCACCUCGGGUGUCUCGGCACUGUAUCCGAUAUGGAGACACUUGAGGAGUGUGCUGCAGCGUUGAUGCUUGCGCAGAGAGAUGAGCAGCAGCAGCAGCACAAGCAGCAGCAGCGCCAGCACAGAGACCUCCUGCUCAACAGCAACAGCAGCAGUGCAGGGCAUCUGGUGUUUGGCGCUUUGUGCUGCGCUGCAUGCAACGCAGCAGCAGGGUGUCUCCUCAGGUUUAAUAAAGGACAAGACGGGGGGAUAAUUAACACAAAACGUAUAAAAAGAAUCAAGGCGGAGGGAUUAAUACGCCCUGUCUGCCUCCGCUACAAACAGCGUCGCCCCCCUUCUGCUGCUGCUGCUUCUCGGUCAGCAGCAACACCAGCAGCAGCAGCGCGAAUGCGCCAGCAAGAGGAGCAGCAAACAGUUUGUCUCCCCGUACUCUUUGUUGUAGGCUGGGAACCAAUCACAGCAGCGGAACUGUUGCGCAACAUGUGCAACGAGCAUGCCGAUCUGCUGCAGGAGCAGCAGAAACCACAGCGAAAGUAG